AUGAUGAACUUCGAAGAUGGAAUUGGAGGAGAUGCAGAAAUGAAAGGCUGGAAUUCUUUGACAGAUGACGGAAAGGACAUAGAAGAUGAGGAACCAACUACGACUAUGGAUGAUAAGGAAGGAGAAGAGGUGGAAACUAAGGAUGAUAAGGAAGGAGAGGAGGCAACUAAGGAUGAUGAAGGAGAGGAGGCGGAAACGAAGGAUGAAAAGGAAGAAGAGGAGGUACCUUAUUGAAA